AUGCCGUUCUCUUACCCAGCCUGCCGCCAGACCUCAUCUUACAUCGUGCCGCCUCCGCUCGUCGUCGCUGAAGCCCGAAAAGACGCCAUCCCGAAGCCGUCCGCAGCCGGCCACGUGUCAGCGCUGUCCUGCAGACCACGCCGCCGUCUGCCCGACCCGGCCCGCCGUCUGCCCGACCCGGCCCGCCGUGCCUGCCCGACCCGGCCCCGUAGCUUCGCACCAAGGACUCGUCGCUGCCCAUCUCGACCACAACUGGCCCGUGACACAGCAAUGAACUUCCAAAAUGGGAGUGGCACAGGCCACAUCUCUACACGGACUUGUAUAGAGGGGCUCAAGGCAACAAUGGGGGUAUCAGGAGCCAGUGCAACUGCUCUACUCACCCAGGAGCAAAGGAAGCGGGUCCAGUCCCUGCUUACUGCUGUACAGGCCUUACAGAAGGACCAGUCCUUUAGUCGCAGUCACUUCAUUAAAUGUCUUACAACAGAGGUUGCCCUUCCCUUAGAACUGGUGUGGUGUCUUCACCAGACUGCAGGGAUUCCACUCAGCAGUUAUCUGGCCUGCAAUGUUGGAAAGCCUAAGGCCAUGUCUACCUUUGUCCAGUCUGUAGUUCAGACCUACUUCUGUGGGAGUAAAGAAGACAGACUGGUCAGGAGAGACAUCAUCACUGGAAUAUUGGGAAGCCUGAUCAGCUAUGCUUAUACUGAGAAAAGGGGAAAGUCAGAAGAAGCCAGUGCCAAGGGUUUAAGAAAGGCAUCUGUUGUUCUCCUGGACAAAAUUUUUCUAGCACUGAUUGUCAGGGAAGAAGGUGCUCAAGGUGAUGAAGACAGCAGACUGAAGUUAGCGGAGGUCCUGUAUCACCAUGGUAAUGUCUCCCAGGAUGCCUUGCAGCAGUUCUGCAUCCGUCAGUUGAAUGCUGCCUUUGCCCACAACCCUACUUCCAGCAUCUGGGAGGUGAUAUCUGCACAGUCGAGGUGGACAUAUGCUGGACUUCCUGUACACAUUAAAGACUUGUACACUCAGAUGUUGGUGAUGCUUACAGCAGAAGAUAUUACAAGACAGCUGGAGUAUGUGGUGGAUAAGGACCAGGUGAACUGGCAAGCAGUGCUGUCUUUUGUCUCAGUGUUUCUGAUAUCUUGCAACAAUGGACCAACUUGUUUAAAAGGUUUGAUUGACAGGUUGAUUAGCCAAUCACUGGAGAGCAACACCUGUCAUCACCUAUUAGUUGCCUUCCUAUUGGCCAGGCAGGCUGGACAGGAGGGGCCUCAUGUCUUCCCAACUUAUAGUCAGUGGUUUCAGCACAACUUUGGUGGGAGCAGUUCCCCGCACGUGGCCAGUGUUCGUACCUUCAGCUGCAUCAUGAAACUUCUGUCUGACAUGGUUCCUCACGAGACUCCACAGUGUCUUAAGACACACAUCCUGCACCCCCCACAUGUACUUGCACGAUGCCGAGCACAGCUGUCAGACUACGUCUCACUGGCCAAGACAAGACUGGCUGAUUUGGGGGAGUCCAUUGAGGAGUCCAGUAUCUAUGAGGAUGGAUCUACUGACAAGCAGGGGAAAACUGAUAGAAGCCAGCAGGCUGCCCAUGAUGUGGAGAGAGCCAUGGCCCAGUUUGAGAAGACUGGCAAGGUGCCUGCUAACGUCAUAGAAGCCAGCAUUUUCCGGAGGCCUUACUACAUAGGGAGGUUCCUACCAGCACUGUUGGCCCCAAGAACGCUUCCAGAUGUACCAGAUGCAAGAAUGCAGUUCAUUGAUGCCCUCAAAAGAGCAGAGAAGAUUCCAGGCAACAUGUACACAGCCUACACUGAGGGGUGCAGGAGGGAGGCAGCACAGCUUCUGGAAGGAGUUUUUGAAGGAGAUGAACAAGAGGAGCUGUUUGAGCCUGUAGACCAGCUCAGACACAGUCUGGAGAAGUUUCCUGCAGCAGUCAUUACCUCCAUACAGACUGCCUCAGCUGCAACAGCCACCAAUGAUUUCACUCCUCUCCUGUCUGUCGUCUCUCAGAGACUGACCUUGGUGUUAGAAACACUUCCAGGUCAGAGUUCACCCUCUGAAGUGUUGGAGUUGGACAUCUCUCAUCCACAGCUGGACAGUUACCUCCUACAGGUGUGUUCAAACCCUUGUAGUGCCUAG